UGAGGAUCCUUCGAUAGUGUAAAAGUGUAUAAAGUCUUUUAAGUGUAUUAAGUGUAUUACUCACCCUCGUUGCUCUGAGAGUGCGUAGUUAAAAAUAAUAAUAACAAUAAAAUUACACCGAGCAGUAACCCUAACCCUGCGUGUGGCAAAUCGCCAAUAAAUAAUUAAAUAAUUUAACAUUACAUGGCCAAUAUGUAAUUAUAAGAUAAUAUAUGUGUUUAUAUAUUAGAUAUAUAAAAUAUCACACACACAGAUGUGCAUUAAGAGUACGCAGUCGUCCAAAUAUUACUAGUAAGUUGGCAUGUUUAGUUUAUGUAAAGCAUUAAAUAAAUUUAAAUGUGUGAGUGUCAUGUAGGAAGAAGGACAUACAUACUUAUAGAAAUAAAAAUUAUUCCAUGUGAUGUCAGCCAGAAAUUCGCGUUAGUGAAAUUUUAUUGAUAUGCGACUCGCCGAUAAGACGUGAACGAUAUGAAAGUGAUUUCAAAAGGAUGAUAAUUGAUAAUUAUUAUAAUUGAUGGAGUAAUAAUAAUGAUAAAAAGGUGGAAGUUAUUUUUGUGGAAGUAGAAGAGACGUUUUGUGUGUCCCUAUCACACAGCAUUACUUCAAGAGAAAUCGUUAUUACAACGUCGUCGUUUUAUUACUGUGGUUAAUGAUAUACACCCGCUACCGCUGACUUUUUAGUGAUUGAUAAUUAUUUAUAUUAGUGGAUUAUAUUUUGUGAAAAAUGUCAACGGCAUUGCUGGCUGUCAUUGCCGUUAUUCUGUGUAUCCUUUUUAGAAUUUUAAAUGUCAACAGUGCUCCCAAGAAACCGGUACUUGUUUGCCAAGACACUGUUUUUCUGUCGACUAUCUUGAAAAUUGCUCCAGUUAUUGGUGAACCAUACAAGCCGACAAGAUUGUGGGGAUUCAGCGGUCAUGUGCAGACAAUUGUCCAUAGUAUAAUCGGGCGUGUGAGAUGUCCAUGGCCUAUUGGAGAACGCGUUUACAUAAUCCUUGUUGACGGUACUACUUUGACUUAUGAUUUAUAUCAGCCGCUGAGUAACGGUCAUGAAGAUGAUAUCACAGUGGCGAUCGCCCCAGGAAUCGGCAACAGCUCCGAGAGUGUUUAUAUCAGGACAUUUGUACACUUUGCACAGUGUCAUGGCUACAGAUGCGCGGUACUCAAUCAUGUUGGAGCGCUUUCCAGUGUCAAGGUCACUGCUCCAAGGAUAUUUUCUUAUGGACACACCGACGACUACCAUGUAAUGCUAUCGAGUCUUCUUGAUAAGCAUCCCAGUACAAAAAUAGUCUGUGUUGGAUUUAGUUUAGGAGGAAAUCUUGUUACCAAGUACAUGGGUGAAAGAGCGAUGACUAAAUCUCCUCAGAUUAUUGGUGGAAUUUCAAUUUGUCAAGGCUAUAAUGCUAUCGAAGGUACUAAAUAUUUACUCAACUGGCAGAAUUUCCGUCGAUUCUACCUUUACAUUAUGACUGAGUCAGUUAAAAAUAUUAUUCUCAAACAUAAAAAAGUUUUACUGUCAGAGGAAGUUAAACAACGGCAUAAUUUAAAUGAGAGAGAAAUUAUUUCUGCUGCAACACUACCUGAACUUGAUGAAGCCUAUACAAGACGAAUCCAUAAUUUUAGAUCCGUAACAGAAUUAUAUAAAUGGAGUAGUAGUAUUAAUUAUUUCAGCGACAUAUCUACACCAAUGGUAUUUAUAAAUGCUUUAGACGAUCCAAUAGUUCCUGAAAUGUUGCUUGUACCAAUAAAACAAUACUCCGCAAUUAAAAACAAUACUUUGUACAUAGAAGUAGCUCACGGAGGACAUCUCGGAUUUUACGAAGGAGGACUUUUGUAUCCAAAUCCAAUUACUUGGCUCGACCGUACUCUAGUUUCACUCGUCGGAUCGCUGACGCUUGUCCACGCUGACCGGGUAAAAGUAUCCUAAUUAUGUAAAGCGUACAAUUACAAUUUUAUAAAUUAUUAUUCACCGCGUGUUUUAAUUUAAUUAUUUGUUGUUUUAAAAAUUUAUUUUUAAUUAAAAAAAAAAAAAAAAACUGCACACUAAUAAUAAAAAUUACCGACCUGCAUUUACAUUUAGUAUUUUAUGCAAAUGGCACAAGUAU